UAGAAAAUCAAGCUUGACACUUUCUCAAGAAAACAGAUCAUCCAUUUUCACCCAACAUAACUAAAAGGUCCAAAACUACGUACACGUCUCUUGAUCAGAAACAGAGAUAUGGAUUGUUCAUUCAUAAGCACAAACGAUCUCCGAAGAAUGUUCGAGAAGCUCGACAAGAACCAAGACGGACUCGUGACCCUCCACGAGCUCCAUUGGAUUCUCGAGAGACUCGGUUGGUCCGAACACACCCCCGAAGAGCUCGAACUGAUCGUUGGAAAACAGAGCCUCGAUUUAGACGAGUUCCUUCGGUUCUACUACGACGCCGUUUCGAGUAGCAAAGGAACGACGAACGAUAAUGUUGAUGAUGAAGCGAUUGUGAGGGCGUUUAAUGUGUUCGAUGUGGACGGAGAUGGUUAUAUUUCGUCUGAGGAGCUUCGAACGGUGUUGGAACGGCUCGGAUUCGAUGAGGAGGCAAAGGCUUGGGAUUGUGGGAGAAUGAUUCGACUUCAUGACAAGAAUCUUGAUGGUGUUAUUGAUUUUCAAGAGUUCAAGAACAUGAUGUUACAUGUCGUCCAAUGAUAAUAUUUUACAUAUUAUUAUGUGAUAUGUCUAUGUAGUCCAUGCGACAUAUUUGGUGUAUUAUGGUGUAAAUUCUGUAAAGUAUAUAUAUCCUUAUGCGAUGUGUUAAUGUAUAAACCAAAAAUA